UAACAACUAUCAUACCUCUCGUACUAGCCUACAGAUUUUCUUAUUUGAUGUUCGUGUCGCACAAUUGCUAAGUCGAAAAUCUGUGGCUGGUAAACACAGCUUUUCGUUCUAGUAAAAUUAAACAAAAAAUAACAAAAAUACCCAGUCAUUAGUAAUAGUGUAUAAUAGAAGCAUAAUCAUUCCGUAGCAUUUAGGGAACAUCACCCAGACGAGCUGUUGCUGUUGCCGCCGCCGCCACCAUCAACUCUCGGAAAAAUGCCCGCAGUGCGCAAAUAUCGUCGCGAAACAAGUGAAAUCAGUUGCUGCCUCAAAUAUUUGCUCUUUACCAGCAAUGUUAUCAUCUGGCUGACCGCACUUGUGGUGCUCUCCGUUGGCAUUUGGGCCUGGACCGAAAAGGAUAUGUUUCGCAAUAUUAGCAAGCUAACAUUUAUUGCCUUAGAUCCCGCCUUUGUUCUCAUCAUACUGGGCACCAUUACCUUUAUGUUGGGUCUAAUGGGCAGUGUGGGUGCACUGCGAGAAAAUACGUGUCUGCUGAGCGCCUAUGCCAUAUUUCUGAGCGUUCUGUUGUUAAGUGAGAUUGGUUUUUGCGGGCUCGCGUUUGUGCUCAAGGACAAAGGUUGGAUCAAGGAUCAAGCUACUGAAGGCCUGCGAGCAUUUAUCAAGCAUUAUCGCGAGGAUCCGGAUCAACAGAAUCUGAUUGAUUGGAUACAGGAGGAUUGGCUGCAAUGUUGCGGCAUCGACGGGCCAAAGGACUGGGAUAGCAAUAACUAUUUCAAUUGCUCCUCAAUUGCGAUUGGCAGCCGCGAGGCAUGUGGUGUGCCCUUCUCCUGCUGUCGCCGGCGACCGCAGGAGGUGAUCAAGAACAAACAAUGCGGCUACGAUGUGCGCAAGGAGGGCUACAGUACGCCGCCGGGCAUGGAGCUUUCAAAGAUUAUUUAUGAGAAAGGCUGCGUUCAGGCUGGCGAAGAAUGGAUUGAGCAUAAUUUAAUUAUUAUUUCCACGGUUGCUAUUGGUGUUAUGUUCUUUCAGAUUCUGGGCAUUUGUUUCGCGCAAAAUUUACGCGCUGAUAUCUAUACACAAAAAUCGAAAUGGCACUGACAAAUGGCGCACGCUGCCCCCACAGCAAUUUAGACAGGUAAGCGACGAUCACAGACAGCAAACAGAAAACAGCAACAGCAAUUAGCCGCAAUUGAACUUUAACUACAAGAACUACAACAACUAUAACUACAACUAUGCAUCAUCUAAAUCAACGCUUCGGUUAGUUACCUAUACUAUAAAUACCUAACUAUAUAUAUAUAUGUAUGUCGAUGUAUGUAUGUAUAUAUAUCUACUAAACGCAAACGCAUUCCGUCUUCAUGGACAUUGACUAAAUAUUAACUAGGUUGCCAAAUUUUUUGCUGUUUUACGUAAGCUUCUUUUUUACCCUAAAGAAAACCUAAUAAGAAAGCGCAAAA